GCUGCCGCCGCCGCCGCCACCUCAGCCGCUGCCGCCGCCAUCGCCUGGAUCCCCUAUCCCCCGCCAUGGCCGAGGAGCUCUCCGCGGCCACGUCCUACACCGAAGAUGAUUUCUACUGCCCCGUCUGUCAGGAGCUGCUCAAAACGCCCGUGAGGACCGCGGCCUGUCAGCACGUUUUCUGUAGAAAAUGUUUCCUGACUGCAAUGAGAGAAAGCGGAAUACAUUGUCCCCUCUGUCGUGGAAAUGUGACCAGAAGAGAGAGAGCAUGUCCUGAACGGGCCUUAGACCUUGAAAACAUCAUGAGGAAGUUUUCUGGUAGCUGCAGAUGCUGUGCAAAACAGAUUAAAUUCUAUCGCAUGAGACAUCAUUACAAAUCUUGUAAGAAGUAUCAAGAUGAAUAUGGUGUUUCUUCUAUCAUUCCAAACUUUCAGAUCUCUCAAGAUUCAGUAGGGAACAGUAAUAGGAGUGAAACAUCCACAUCUGAUAACACAGAAACUUAUCAAGAGAACACAAGUGCUUCUGGGCAUCCCACCUUUAAGAGUCCCUUGUGUCAAGAAUCAAAUUUUACCAGACAGCGUUUACUGGAUCACUGUAACAGUAAUCACCUAUUUCAGAUAGUUCCUGUGACAUGUCCUAUUUGUGUGUCUCUUCCUUGGGGAGAUCCUAGCCAGAUUACUAGAAAUUUCGUUAGUCAUCUAAAUCAAAGACAUCAGUUUGAUUAUGGAGAAUUUGUGAAUCUUCAGCUAGAUGAGGAAACCCAAUAUCAAACUGCUGUUGAAGAAUCUUUUCAAGUAAACAUCUGAAGGCUGUAGACAUCUCUGCAUCUUCGUACCUGCAAGUGCCAUCUUUAAGGAGAAAACUACACGAAGUCACCGUUUCAAUAACUUGAUGUGUAUAUUAAUAAAAGUAACUCAGUC